AUGGUAAGCUCUAAUUGUUCCACUGAGGACUCCUUUAAAUAUACUUUAUAUGGCUGUGUCUUUAGCAUGGUGUUUGUUCUCGGCCUCAUCGCAAACUGUGUUGCUAUCUACAUUUUUACUUGCACAUUAAAAGUGCGAAACGAGACUACAACUUACAUGCUUAAUUUAGCAAUAUCAGAUCUGCUUUUUGUGUUUACGUUACCCUUCAGGAUCUAUUACUUUAUAGCAAGGAACUGGCCGUUCGGAGACAUCCUUUGCAGGAUUUCUGUCACCCUCUUUUAUACGAACAUGUAUGGGAGCAUUUUAUUUCUGACUUGCAUAAGCGUAGAUCGCUUCUUAGCCAUAGUCCACCCCUUCCGAUCCAAGACUCUCCGAACCAAAAGGAAUGCAAAGAUUGUCUGUGUUGCAGUGUGGACAACCGUGCUGGCAGGCAGCACACCAGCCAGCUUUUUCCAGUCUACAAACCGCCGCAGCGAUACUGAACAAAGAACCUGUUUUGAAAACUUUUCAGAGGACACGUGGAAAACCUACCUAUCCCGGAUCGUUAUCUUCAUUGAAAUAGUUGGGUUUUUUAUUCCGCUCAUCUUGAACAUGACCUGCUCUACUAUGGUCUUACGGACUUUGAAUAAACCGCUUACAUUAAGCCGGAAUAAAUUAAGCAAGAAAAAGGUACUCAAAAUGGUUUUUGUCCAUUUGGUGAUAUUCUGCUUCUGCUUUGUGCCUUAUAAUGUGACAUUAAUACUUUACUCCCUUAUGAGAACACAGACCUGGAUUAAUUGUUCAGUGGUAACUGCAGUCAGGACUAUGUACCCUGUGACGCUGUGCAUCGCUGUUUCAAACUGCUGUUUUGACCCUAUAGUUUAUUACUUUACAUCAGAUACAAUUCAAAAUUCAAUUAAAAAGAACCGUUCAACUAGAACACAGGACAUCAGAUUCUCUGAAAGGCCAGUUUCAGAAAACUUCAUUCAACACAGCCUUCAGACUAUAAAAAUGAAAAUAUUUGACAAUGACUCUACCAUAUAAACUGUAUUAAAAGACUACUUGGGACUAAACUGGAACUGGAAGCCUGCACAUUUCUUCA